CACCGGCGCCUCGCUCUCCCCCUCCCCCGCCCGCUUCUCUUCGGUUUCUCAAGGGGCGAUGCGCGUCUGAGGAAGCUCCUUAGGAGCCCCACGCCCACGAUGGUAGGGGCCCGGUGUCUCCUCUCCGAGUACCCAUGUCUGCACCCCCCGCGGCCCGGCUGGGCGCUGGGCUGGCAGCGAAGGCUCACUCACUGCCAUCUGCCAGAGUUAUCACGCAAACAUGGGAUGAUUCCAGAUCAGUAUGUGAUGCCCUGGAAAGAAGACAUGAAGAACAGGCACUUUGCUUUAAAGCAUGCAAAGCUUGCUGGGAUAUAUUCUGGAGCAGUGGAAGAUAGUCUGUUUUUGGAGCAUAGGGAACGACAUUGCCAUGGAGAAGACCGUAAACUCCUCCGGAAGAAAAUUUCUUAUGAAAUGGUGAUUCAGGAUGUUCCUUUGCAUUGUCCGCUCUCCAGAUACCAGAAGUCUGCAAUUGCUCAUGCAUGCCGGAGGAAACUCUGAUCUGUCUUUUUUCAUUUGUUUCAGUCAGGUUGGAACUGUGUAGGCCAUGAGGUUUAAAUCUGCUGCAAAAAAACCCCCAACAUGCUGUCAGUGCAAUUUUUUUCUUCAAAGUAGAAUUAACAUUUUAAAAUAGAUUAGAUAUUCUCUUUGAAAUGUCAAGUUGUACCAGCCUGGAAUUUGACCUGCUUAGGCCCAUAGAAAAUUUUGACUUCAGCGUAUAUUUUAUCAAAAGCAUGUAGACCAGUGCUUCCCAAACUUUUCCUCAGCAUGACCCCAUUUAUGACCCCAUUUCCUCAGCAUGGCCCCUCACUUCCAACCCACAGCCCCCACCCCCAGCAUCACCCAAGCCCUGGCUGCCACCCGUGGGAGGCAGCAGCUACUGUGGCCAGAGCAGAGCAUGGAGCCUGGCUCCACCCACCCGUGGGUGGCAUGGCUGCUCACUGCAGACUUCAGGCUCCUUGCCCUUCUGCCCUCCCCCUGGGGCUCCACAGCCUAGCAUACGGAGCUGGUUUGGCCCUGCUACAGCCCUGUGCCAUGUUGUAGGUGCAGAAAUCUCGGGGGCACAUGCCAUGUCACCUUGACCCUUCUGCCCCCCUCCACCCAUCGCAUUGCUUGUGCUCUCCCUGCUCCUCCAAUGUGUCACCUGUGCCCUCUCCCCCCGCCCCUAUAGAUUUACCUGGAGGGAGCUGUGGGAGCUGCUCUCCACCUCCGCUUGGCUGACAUGGGCAUGUGCCCCUGCCUCCAAUCACCCUCCCCUGCUCUCCCCCAGCCCCAAGCAGCCCCUUGCAGGCUGGAACUCUGCCAGCCUGCAAAGGGAAACCCACAUUUUCCUGCAUUUUUUUUUCCUUUAAAGGAGAAAAUCCACAUUUUCUCUGUUAAAGGAGGCAAUCCACAUUUUUUCCACAAUGAAUAAAUAACCUGGAUCCCUGUUUAUAACGACCCUAUCAGCUGAUAUUGCGACCUCAUUUGGGUUCAUGACCCAUAGUUCGGGAACUGCUGAUGUAGACAUUUAGAUACUUACCUUCAGUUUAAGUAAACCAUCCUACCAUAUGCAGUUUUCCUUUGCCAACUUCAAGAUUUUGGGUAUUAACCCCAGCCCUUAUUCUCCAUGGUCUUCUUGGAGAGAAUCUACUAUGUUGCCAAUGUCAUUUGAGGCUGAAUAACUAACCUGCUCUCCUCUCAUUGUUCUUCAGGGGUCACUGGCUGACCCACUGCCUCCUUCCCCUUGUUUAGGUGAUAGGUAAGGUAGCUUCUAAAAGGAAGGUAACAAACCUUCCAUAGACUAGCAAAUGUGGCAGAAGACCAGCUUGGCUUAGCAAUGAACUCGUCAGUAAACUAAAUCCCCAAAAGGAAGCUUAUAAGAAGUGGAAGCUUGGACAAAUAACUAGGGAAGAAUAUAAGAGCAUUGUUCAGGCAUGCAAUGAUGAAGUCAGGAAGGCCAAAACACAAGUAGAGGCCAUGAGGUUUAAAUAGCAAGGGAUGUAAAGGGUAACAGGAAGGCUUUCUACAAGUAUGUUGAUAGCAAGGAGAGGAUCAGAAAAAGUGUGGGACCCUUGCUGUAUGGGGGAGGCAAACUUGUGACAGAGGACGCAGAAAAGGCUAAAGUGCUCAAUGCCUAUUUCUCCUCAGUCUUCACAGGCAAGGUCAGCUCCCAAACUACUGUACCUGGCAGCAUAAUUUGGGAGAAGGUGACCAGCCAGCAGUGACAAAAGAACAGGUAUGGGACUAUUUAGAAAAGCUGGACAUAUACAAGUUUGUGGGACUCAGUGAGAUGCACCUGAGGGUGCUGAGAGAGUUGGCUGAUGUGUUUGCAGAGCCACUAGCCAUCAUCUUUGAAAACUCAUGGUAAUCAGGAGAGGCCCCAGAUGAUUGGAAAAGGGCAAACAUAGUGCCCAUAUUUAAAACAGGGGAAAAGGAGGAUCCAAGGAACUACAGACCACUCACCCUCACCUCAGUCCCUGGAAAAAUAAUGGAGCAGAUCCUCAAGGAAUCCAUUUCUAAGCACUUGGAGGGGGAAAAGGUUAUUAGGAACAGUUGGCACCAGGGGCAAGUUGUGCCCGAGUAAUCCGAUUGCCUUCUAUGAUGAGGUGAUUGGCUCUGUGGAUGCGGGGAGACUGGUGGACGUGGUAUACCUUGAUUUUAGCAAGCCUUUUGAUACAAUAUUCACGCAGGCAAGAUAAGGAAGUAUGGGCUGUAUGAAUAGACUGUAAGGUGGAUAGAAAAUUGCCUGGAGCAUCGGGCUCAGAGACUAGUAAUCAAUGGCUCGAUGUCUAGUUGGCAGCCAGUAUCAAGUGGAAUGCCCCAGGGGUCAAUCCUGGAGCCGGUUUUGUUCAAUAUCUUCAUUAACGACCUGGAAGACGGCAUACAGUGCAGCCUCAGCAAGUUUGCAGAUAACACCAGCUGUGGGGAGUAGAUAUGCUGGAGGAUACGGCUAGGAUUCAAAGUGACCUAGACAAAUUGGAGGAUUGGGCCAAAAGGAAUCUUAUGAGAUUCAACCAGGACAAGUGCAAAGUCCUGCACUUAGGACAGAACAAUCCCAUGCACCAGUACAGGCUGGGGGCUAACUGGUUGGACAGUAGCUCUGCAGAAAUGGACCUGGGGUUUACAGUGGAUAAUAAGCUGAAUAUGAGCCAGAAGUGUGCCCUAGUUGCCAAGAAGGCUAAUAGCAUACUGGGCUGCAUUGGUAGAAAAAAUUAAUCAUGGUUUACAUUUGAAAGCUGCUCAGCAUUUAUUAAAGUUCUGGGAUAUAUAGAAAGAGCUUUUCCAUAACAAAUAUAUUUUACAACCACUUAAAGCAAGACAAUUAGGUUCUUACUUGGUAUUUUAUAUGAUAAUACCUUUUAUUUUUUUAAUAAAUACAUCAAAACUUAACUUUAAAAUGUAUUCUCUUUACAGAGCACUCUCUUCCAAAUAGUUAUUAUUCUGUGUUCUGGGCUGAAGAGGGUUCAUUCCCAACUAGUAGAUGAAAAGCAAAGGAGCUGUCUUCAAAGUAAUAAGCCCUUACGAGUCAUAAGUAAAAUUGCCAUGGAAACAAAUGAGCAAAAGGGCCUAAAGAAUAUUUUUAUUCAUAAUUAAUGUGUUCUCAGUAUUGAGUCAAGAAAUAUUAAUCACAACAAUAGUGCUUUUCCCUAAGUGGUCCCAAAUCUAAAAUAUUUGCAUUUAUAUUUCUUUAGAAGAAAAAUGUAACAUUAUAAUUUUACUGCUUAUGACUGUUCCCUUCAGAGCAAGGGUAGUUGUGGAUAAAUCUCCAGCUGACAUAAAUCUCCUUCACCGAUAGAGAAAUAAAAAUAUGAAGCCAGAAAGAAUGGAGGAGUUAAUAACCCUAUUACUGCAACAUACAGAGGCAUUUAAAAAGGCUUGCAGCUACAUAGGGGGAGAUUUUCCAUGAAGUAUAUACUGUGCUGGGCUGCAUAAAUGAUUCUACACUGCUGCCUGGCAAUCCUUGGCAUAGAGGGUCACACCAGAGAGGACGGGGCCAGGCAUGUUGAUAAUACUGUGGGCAUUCUUAGCAGCAGUGCUGCUCUUAGCCAGCCCGGGAUGGGCUGCUAUAACUUAGAUCAUCCCCACAGCCUGCCAGAGUUAUGUCAAAUGUGACUUCAAUAGCAUGUCAGCCGCCAAAGCCACCAGAUUCAGAAAGAUGUAUAGUAUUUCUGUCUUUCACAUAAGUGACCUGGGUUCAGUUCCCCAAUGGGGCCAAAUGCAACUCACAGUCACUCAGUAUUGCACUGCCUUGUUCUCAUGGUAAUUGCAUCAUAUAUUGAGGUUAAUGACCAACUACAGCAUUGGCAUGAUGAGCUUGUCUUCGAGUUUAGGCAGUAUUUACUGUCUCGUGCUGCAAGAGCAGGAAGUCUUGGUUUCCAACAAUAGACCCAGCAUUACAGCUGAGAGAGAGCUGAAAGCUACCAUUAUCCUCCUUCCCUCAGGCUACUUGUUCUAUGCUAGGCCUCAAGAAUCUCACCCCAGAAACUCAUCCUAUAGGACUUCAUCACAGCAUCAUUUUGUUACAUUGCGGUGUCCAUUAAAAGUCUCUCUUUUCAGUGUUUGUAACCAGAAACAAUCCAUGCCUACUCCUGGCUCCAAAAGCUAGUUCUUGGCAUGGAAAUAUUGAUAAAAUUCUCUAUAGCUAUUGCUGAAAUAUACAAGCAUGGAGGGGAAAAAAGCAUCUGCAUUGACCAGUUCUAUUUUUUCAGAUGCUCAAGAGUGGCUUCUUGCAGCUUAAAAUCUUGACAUAUUUUUUAAUACAUCAAAACUCCAGAUAGUGAAAUAUGAGGAUAUUUCAUAGUGUGUGAGAACAGGCAACUACUUUCAGCAAAGUAUGGCAGAGCUGCUCACCCCAACUAAAUCAGUGCUGCAUAAUAUGCUCACAUAUACUUUAAACUGGUUAAGACACAACAGCCCAGUAUCUGAUGGUUCCAAACUACAGCUACUUUGGAAAAGGAGCCCAGUGAGACUGGGACUGGGACUCAGCAGACUGGAGAGAAAGAAUCUGUCUUCUUGUUGGAGAGGGAGCUUGUGGGAGAGGAACUAGACAGGGAUUAGGAGUCAGAGUGAUGCUGGAUGGGAGGUUGGGACUAUUUGAACAAGAAGAAUGAGACAACCCAUUAGAGAGUUUGAAACUGGGAGAAACCAGGGAGAGACAUGGAACCAACUGGAGAGACACAAAGAUUAGAUGAUAAGGGGGAAGAUGAUACUGGGACUUACUGGACAAGAAAACUGGAAACCAGACAGUUACGACAAGAAGCUAGGAUGCAUGGGGAGGACGGCAAUGUGGCAAGGAGCCUGCUAAAUGAAGGAUGACUAGAGGGGAGAGGCAGGUCAAAUGAGUAAGGAACUGGGACUGGUUGGGCAAGAAAACUGGGCAUUUCAUGGGAAAAAACAAUGAGUGGAGAGUUCAGAGUCCUGAUUGAGAGACAAGGGUUAGGUGGGCAAGGUAACUAUGACAGGGGAAAGAAGAGUGGAGGUAGAGAUGGGAACAGGUGAAGAGAAUGGUACUGGGAUGAGAAUUAGCAGAAGCAGACUGGACUAAUAAAAGGAUAAAAUGAAGGAGACAGAAACCUUCAGGCUCAGGGCCAGAAUUGCUGCAACUACCAGCCUCCACUUGAACAGAGCACACUCCUUUCCAACACUUAGAAUGGACCUCAGGAUUCCUGCAUCUAACCAUUCUCCUCCUAUAGCCAAUAAAACUGGGAAACCCACUGGCAAAGACUGUGAAGAUGUGCUUGCAAUGGUCCUGUCCAGCUCAGGUUGGUCAUAUAGUCCUAGAAGGGAACAGCUAUAGGUGCUCCAUCAGCUGAACUGGCAGGUGUCUGUAAGGGAGCUGAAAGUUCCAACCCUACUGAUACAUCAUGUGGCCAUCAGUAUGAAACUACCUGAUUAAAGUCUGUGUUUUUUAAA